AUGGCGUGGAGAAAUCAAGGCAUCACUGGAUCCAACAACAUACCCUUGGGGAAGCGCCGGUUCGGCGGCGAUGGCGAAGAAGAUGGCUUCACCAACGGCACCGCCUCGCCGAAUGGCUCGAAUGGCGUCGCGCAUAGCGUUUCGAAUGGCGACCGCGACGUCAAACGCGGCCGCAGCCCUGAGCGAUCAGACCACGAUGCACCGAGGCGGCGCAAGAAGCGGAACCGCUGGGGCGACGCGACCGAGAACAAGGCUGCUGGCCUGAUGGGCCUCCCCACAGCCAUCGUCGCCGACAUGACCAGCGAGCAGCUCGAGGCAUAUACUCUGCAUCUGCGCAUCGAGGAAAUCACUCAAAAGCUCAAAAUCGACGAUGUUGUUCCCGCCGACGGAGACAGGUCUCCGUCGCCGCCUCCCCAAUACGACAACCACGGUCGUCGUGUGAACACGCGUGAAUACCGCUACCGGAAGCGCCUCGAGGACGAGCGGCACAAGCUGAUCGAGAAGGCCAUGAAGACCAUCCCCAACUAUCACCCGCCUCAGGACUACCGCCGCCCGACCAAGACCCAGGAGAAGGUCUACGUGCCGGUCAACGAUUACCCAGAGAUCAACUUCAUCGGCUUACUUAUCGGACCUCGUGGCAACACACUCAAGAAAAUGGAAGCAGAAUCCGGCGCCAAGAUUGCCAUUCGCGGAAAAGGCUCCGUCAAAGAAGGCAAAGGGCGCUCUGAUGCCGCUCACUCCAGCAACCAGGAAGAGGACCUGCACUGUUUGAUUAUGGCCGACACCGAGGAGAAGGUGAACAAGGCCAAGAAGCUGAUCCACAACGUUAUCGAGACGGUCCGUAUUCUUGCACACUCUCUCCGCACUCGAUUCGUGCUGACAGUAAGCCAGGCUGCGUCUAUUCCCGAGGGCCAGAACGAGCUCAAGCGCAACCAGCUUCGUGAGCUCGCCGCCUUGAACGGCACACUGCGUGAUGAUGAAAACCAGGCAUGCCAGAACUGCGGCCAGAUAGGACACCGGAAGUACGAUUGUCCGGAGAAGCAAAACUUCACUGCCAACAUCAUCUGCCGUGUUUGCGACAGACAGCGGGGUGCUAGCUGGCGGAACGACGGUCCCGUGGCUCGGCCUGGUGGUCGUCUCGGAGGUGGCGAUGCCGUGGACCGCGAGUAUGAGCAACUCAUGCAAGAACUCGGCGGUACGGGCGCUGCUCCUGCACGCAUCGAAGCCGGCCCUGCAUCUCAGGGUCCUAACGGUGGAGGCGAUGCUCGGCCGUGGGCACGCGGCCCGACUGGCGGACCUGCGCCGUGGCGUUCCCGGAACAACGAGCGCGACAAUGAAGGCGCGCCAUCUGGCGGACCUGCGCCCUGGGCCCGCGACCGUGGCGACCGUGACAGGGACCGUGGCUACCGCGAUGGCGGCCGCGACGGAGGAGACAGCUAUUACCCUGGCAGCCAAGGUGCUUAUGGCGGCGCCCCUUCGGCUCCGGGCACCAGCGCGGCGCCCUGGCACCAACCCAUGGUUGCGCCGACGGGAUAUGGUGCAUACGCAGGCUACGGCGGUUAUGGGGCCCCUGGCGCUCCCCCGGGAAUAGGUGCUGCUCCCCCUGGGUUGCCUCCCCCGCCUCCUCCUGGUGGCGCGCCGCCUGGGCUCCCCGGGGGACUCAACGCUCUGAUUCAGCAGUACGCUAAUGCCAUUCCGCCUCCUCCCCCGCCGCCGGCCGGUGAUGCUCCACCGCCCCCACCGCCCAUGGACCUGCCUCCUCCUCCUCCGGGUGCUUAG